UAUUAACCGCGUCCAAGAAAAAUUAUGAUGUUGUUUUUAUUUACCCAUCUCAAUAGCCCCAAACCGCGUCUCUGAGAGAGUUCUGAAAGUUUCAAGAAGGUCUCGCCCACCCCUGCGCUUAGGAUGGUACGUGCCGCGGCGACGCGCGCUCCUCAGUUGGUGGCGGAGUUGCUGAGCAUUGGAUCCGUCGCUGCCGCUGUCUCAUUGAUUCCCGCCAAGGCGCACCAACAGCAGGUGGUUGAGGGCCAAGGAAUGAACUGAAGCAAAGCAUUCUAGUCCCGGAAUCUGAAGCGGAACUCGCCGUAGGUCCCAUCACCAUGGCGGAGGACGAGGUGAAAGUUCCUGAGGACAUGUUCAAAGAUGUGAAGUUUUACCCAGUCGGUGAUCUGGACCCGAAGGUUGUUCAGAUGCUAAAAGCUGGAAAGGCAAAGGAGGUUUCAUAUAAUGCCCUUGCUACACACAUCAUCGCAGAAGAUGGUGACAAUCCUGAGGUUGGAGAAGCUCGUGAGGUUUUUGAUCUUCCUGUCGUGAAGCCUUCUUGGGUGAUACUGUCUGUUCGCUGUGGAGUUCGCCUUCCGGAAAAUGGAUUUUCUCCAGAAUCUGGUCAGAUAUUUUUUGGAGUAACUGCUUGCCUUUCCCAGGUAUCACCUGAUGAUCGCAAUUCUCUUUGGGCACUGACUACUUUUUAUGGUGGGGAUUGUCAGCUAAGUCUCAAUAAGAAGUGCACUCAUUUGAUUGUUCCUGAACCAAAAGGGAACAAAUAUGAAUAUGCCUUCCAACGAGGAAGCAUAAAAAUUGUUACACCGGAUUGGGUUUUGGACUCUGUAUCUGAAAAAACCAAAAAGGAUGAGGCACUUUACCAUCCUAGACUUAUAGUUUAUGAAGAAGAAGAAGAGGAGGAAGAAGAAGAGGCAGAAAAUGAAGAGCAAGAAUCUCAAAAUGGCAGUGACGAAGAUAAAUAUUCAUCUAAGUCCAGUCCGGUUACAUCUCGUGACGGAUCUCCCGUACACAAUCGAGAGUCUUCUCCAAAACGCAGCAGCUCAGAUAAAAUAAAGAGUGAACUCAUGUUUGAUGAUUCAUCUGACUCUUCUCCCGAGAAACAGGAGAGAAAUCUGAACUGGACCCCGGCAGAAGUCCCCCAGAUGUCCACUGCAAAAAGACAGCUGCACCAAGGCAAGGAUUCUGGACUUAUUAAUUUAUGUGCUAAUGUUCCUCCUGUGCCAGGAAAUAUACUACCCCCUGAAGCACGAAAUAAUUUGCUCGCUUCCCUCCCAGGAGCCCCUGGAUCAGAGAGACCAGACAUGAUGGCUUUCCGCAGUCCAGCAGUGAGAACACUAAGAAACAUUACUAAUAGUGCUGAUGUACAGCAAGUUAAUAGGCCGUCCAAUGUUGCACAUAUUUUGCAGACUUUGUCAGCUUCCACCAAAUCUUUAGAGCAACAAGUAAAUCAUCCCCAGCAAGGCCAUCCAAAUGCAGUAUUGUUUGGUCAAGUAAAACCUUUGACGUCCGAAGCACAGCAUUUAAUACAACAGUCGCAUCAGCCUCACCAGCAGCAGCAGCAGAAUCAUCCUAUUGUACAGCUUCAGCCUCAGCAGCUUUUACAGUUGCAGCAACAGCAGCAACAAAUUACACAGCAGGUUUUCCCACAACAUCAGUUUCCCCAAGUAAAUCAACAGCAUCCUUUCACUCAACUACAGUUUCCUCAGCAACAGCUGCAUCCUCAACAGCAGCUACAUCGCCCGCAGCAACAAACUAUACAACAUUUCCAGCAGCAGCAUGCGCUACAGCAGCAACUGCAUCAGCUGCAACAACAGCAUCUGCAACCAAAACCGCAAACCCUACAGCAGAAUAUGCAACAGCAGAAUCUUCAGCAACCAAACCUUCAGCAAAUUCUUCAGCAUCAACAGACUAUUCAGCAGACCCCAUCACAGCAACAGGCUCUUCAGCCUGCUAUUCAGCAACAGCAGAUGCUUCAGCCCAACAUUCAGCAGCAACAAACGCUUCAGUCUAACCUUCAACAACAGACCCUUCAGCCAAUCAUUCAACAGCAACAAGGACUUCAGCAGCAGAAUCUUCAGCAGAGCCUUCAACAGAUCCAACAGCAAAUGCAGCAUUUGACUCCUCAACAGAAGCAGCAAAUACAGCAGCAGCAACAACAGAUGCUUCAGAAACAGCAACUUCAGAGCCAGAGUCUCCAGCAGCAGCAAAUGCAAACGCAUGUUCUGCAGCAGCAACAAAUUCAGACACAGGCACUGCAGCAACAGCAGCAAAUACAGAACCAGGCUCUUCAGCAGCCACAGCAGAACCAAGUACAAACACAUGCUCUUCAACAGCAUCGCCUACAGUCACAGACACUGCAGCAGCAGCAUCAUGUACAGGGGCAGACUGUUCAGCAGCAGACACAUCAAUUACAGACACAAACGCUCCAACAGCAACAUCAGAUUCAAACACUUCAGAUUCCGCAUCAAAUUCCUGCACCAAACCAACAACAUCAGAUCCCACCACAGAUGCUUCAGCAGCAAACGCUUCAACUUCAGCAACAAAUAAAACAGCAGCAGACCCUUCAGCAGCUGCAGCAACAGCAAUUACAGCAGCAGCAAACCCUUCAACAGCAGCAGAUUCAACAGACAACGGUUCAGCAACAAAUGCAGCCACAGAUUCAGCAACCGCAGAUGCAGUCAGGAGUUCAGCAACAGUCCUCACUCCAGCCACAGCAGAUGCAACAACAUAAACACAAUCUGCAGCAGGUUCAGCAUCAACUGCAACAACUUCAACAGCAGCGGAUGCAGCAGCGACAAAUGGCAUUACCCCAACAGAUUGCUAAUCAGCAACCACCACAGCCGCAUCAGCUGCACGGUCAUGAUCCUUCUGUGGAGAUUCCUGAAGAUUUCUUUUUGUUGGGAUGUGUGUUUGCAAUUGCUGAUUAUCCAGAACAAAUGCCCGAUAAACAACUACUUGCAACCUGGAAACGGAUAAUACAGACCCAUGGAGGUACGGUGGACGCAGCACUUUCAAGCAGGUGCACUCAUCUUCUGUGUGAAAGCCAAGUCAGUAGCAUGUAUGCUCAGGCAUUGAAAGAGAGGAAGCGAUGUAUCACUGCUCAUUGGCUGAAUGCAGUAUUGAAAAAGAAGAAAAUGGUGCCGCCGUACCGAGCUCUUCAUUUCCCUGUAGCAUUUCCACCAGGAGGGAAGCCCUGCUCUCAGCAUAUCAUUUCAGUGACCGGGUUUGUUGACAGUGACAGAGAUGAUCUGAAACUAAUGGGGUACUUAGCAGGCGCCAAGUACACUGGAUACCUGUGUCGCAGCAACACUGUUCUCAUUUGUAAAGAGCCGAGCGGCUUGAAGUACGAGAAAGCUAAAGAGUGGAGGAUACCGUGUGUAAAUGCCCUGUGGCUUUGUGAUAUUCUUCUUGGAAACCUUGAGGCAUUACGUCAGAUUCAGCACAGCCGAUAUACAGUAUUUAAUCUUCAGGACCCUCUUGCACCAUCACCUCAUCUGGUUACAGAUCUCCUAGAUGCCUGGAGAAUGCCAUUGAAAGUGUCCUCGGAAGUUCUGAUGAGUAUUCGAAUGCCUCUAAAGCCGAAGCAAAAUGAGCCUGCUGUUCAACCUAAACGCCCAAGGAUUGAAGAUAUUCCGCCUCCAACUAAAAAGCUGUCACCUGAUCAGACACCUCAUGUUAUGUUCACUGGAUUUGAUCCACUGCAGGUCCAGCAAUAUAUCAAGAAACUGUAUAUUCUUGGCGGAGAAGUAGCCGAUACGGCACAGAAAUGCACUCACUUGGUUGCCAACAAAGUGACCCGGACUGUAAAGUUCUUGACUGCAAUUUCAGUGGCAAAGCACAUUGUUACCCCCGAGUGGCUAGAUGAGAGCUUCAAAUCCCAAAAGUUUGCUGAGGAACAGAAUUACAUAUUGCGGGAUGCUGAAGCGGAAGUGCUGUUCUGCUUCAGUUUAGAAGAAUCGCUAAAAAAAGCGCACGUGACUCCGCUCUUCAAGGGGAAGUAUUUUUACUUCACCCCUGGAAUUUGCCCAAGUCUCUCGACAAUGAAAGCCAUUGUAGAAUGCGCUGGUGGGAAAAUACUAACGAAGCAGCCGUCUUUUCGGAAAAUUAUGGAACAUAAGCAGAAUAAACGAUUAGCUGAGAUCAUUUUAAUAUCCUGCGAAAACGAUCUUCAUCUGUGCAGAGAAUACUUUGCUGGCAGCGUGGAUGUGCACAAUGCAGAAUUUGUUUUGACGGGAGUUCUCACCCAGGCAUUGGACUAUGAAUCAUAUCCUUUGAGAAUAUAAAGUGGAAUAAAAGCAUAUUUUAAUUAUCCAUUCGCUUUCUGUGACUACGCUGAAUCCAGGACUCUGUUCAGGCAAAUCCCAGCUCUUUCUGCAUAAUUUGGAUUUGAGCAUAUCACCGGGGGGGGCAAAUUUAUUAAAAAUCUAAGUCACAUUUUCCACCAGUGCCAAUUUAAAUGUCAGGAAUAAGGGAUAGAAAAGAAUGAUUAAUAUGAAUAAGUGAGAAUAAUGGUCACUGAGUUGCAGGAAUUUCUCAUGGACUUGCAAAAAAUUUCCAAAAGCGUGGCUUUCUACCUCUGCCGACUGAUUUGGAGCAGGCUUUCGAAUUUGGCGACUUAUAGCAAGGAUCUUAAAUAGUAUAGGGAGCCAUUUUUGGGUUCUGACUCACCGGUUAUUAUGAUAUGAUAUGAUAAAAACUGGUCAUUGUUGCUGUAACCCGUAGCUACCAAUCAGUAAUUGGCUUAUUUUCAGCCUGCUGCAGGUAGAAACAAUGAAAGCAAGCAUCUGGUUACCAUGGGUUACUGCCCAGGUGCACAUGUUUAUAAAUGACAAUAUAUAAAUCAAUGUUUAUAUAUUGAUCGUUUCCCCUACGAUAGAUGAAGGUUUGGAGUGAGGCAGGAAACUGAUUAGAGGAAGAAAUUGUGAUCAAGAGAAAGUGAUUAAAGCCUUCCAGUUAGAAGCUACUAUGAUAUAUUCAUUGCCCUGGUAUUAAAGGGGUUGUUCAAUUUGAAUUCCCCUAACAACCAUGCAUUGAUUUGAAUAAGAGACUGGAAUAUGAAUAGGAGAGGCCUGAAUAGAAAGAGGAGUAAUAAAAAGUAGCAAUAACAA